CCCUGCGGCUCCGGCUCCGCCGGUGCGGGAGGCUCCGCCGGUACCGACCAUGGACGGCGGCGGCGGGGGGGGCACAACGGACGUGAUGCCGGCCCUAUAGGCUCGCAACGGGAGAGCUCCCCCAACGAUGGCCACCGUCCUGCUGCCCCUCCUGGCCCUGACCACCACCACCUUAGCCAUGACCUGCCCCAACCGCUGCAUGUGCCAGAGCCUGUCCCCCUCCUUCACCAUCCUCUGCACCAAGACCGGGCUCCUGUUCGUGCCCGGAGCCCUGGACCGGCGCACGGCAGAGCUGCGGCUCAUGGACAACUUCAUCACCACCCUACGGAGGAAGGACUUUGCCAACAUGACCAACCUCAUCCACCUGACGCUGUCCAGGAACACCAUCAGUCACAUCAUGCCUUACGCCUUCGCCGACCUCCGAGGCCUCCAUGCCUUACACCUGGACAGCAACCGGUUGACAACCAUCCACCAGGAGCACUUCAAGGGGUUGGUCAACCUGCGGCACUUGAUCCUCAGCAACAACCAGCUCAGCUCCAUCUCCCCUGGGUCAUUGGAUGACUUCAUUGAGACCAUUGAGGACCUGGACCUGUCCUACAACAACCUGGUCCAGGUUCCAUGGGCAACCAUCGCCAAGCUGUCCAACGUCAACACCAUCAGCCUGGAUCACAACCUGAUCGAGGCUGUACCCGAAGGGAUCUUCUCCAACCUCCAUAAGCUCGCCCGCUUGGACAUGACCUCCAACAAGCUCAAGAAGAUCCCUCCGGACCCGCUGUUCUCCCGCAUCCCGGUGUACACCAAACCCAAGGGGUCCCCAUUGACGUCCCUGGUGUUGAGCUUCGGGGGUAACCCGUUGCAUUGUAACUGCGAGCUGGUCUGGUUGCGCCGCCUCACCAGGGAGGAUGACCUGGAGACUUGUGCUUCCCCACCGGAGCUAAUGGGGAAGUACUUCUGGUCCAUCAAGGAGGAGGAGUUCAUCUGUGAACCCCCAAUGAUCACCCAUCGCACCCCAAAACUGACGGCCACCGAGGGGCAGAGUGUGGCCCUCAAGUGUAAGGCUGUUGGUGACCCCGAUCCCUACGUGCGUUGGAUCGCUCCCGAUGGGAAGCUGGUGUCCAACACAUCCAGGACCGUCUCCUAUGACAACGGGACCUUGGAUAUCCUCCUUGCUUCCUUAGGGGAUGAAGGCACAUUCACCUGCAUAGCAUCCAAUGCAGCCGGUGAGUCCACGGCACCGGUUGAGCUGUUGGUGUCACCAUAUCCCACCCUGGCCAACAGCUCCGGUUGUGAUAAGGACACCGAAUCCGGCCCCUCCGAUAUCCUUAUCCCGGCCAAAUCCAGCGUUCCCAAUGAGACCAAGGCCCAGCAGGACAAGGGGGUGACGGUGACGGAGCUGACUUCAUCCUCAGCCCUUAUCCAAUGGCCUUCCCAGCAUCACCUGCCCGGGAUGCGGAUGUACCAGAUCCAAUACAACAGCUCUUCCGAUGACAUCCUGGUCUACAGGAUGCUCCCCGCGGCCUCCGCCUCCUUCUCCCUCCGCGACCUCGCGCCCGGUCGCGCCUACGACCUUUGCGUCCUGGCGCUCUACGCCGACGCCUCCACCGCGCUACCCGCCACGCGGCGCCUGGGAUGCGCCAGCUUCACCACCGCGACCCCGGCGCGACCCUGCCCCCCCCGCCCCCCCCACGUGCCGGGCGCCACCGUCAUCCUGGCCAUCGGCGGCGUCAUCGUGGCCUCGGUGCUGGUCUUCAUCGUCCUCCUCCUCCUCAAGUACAAGGUCUACGGCAGCCGCGCCAAGGCCAAGGGGCCGCGGGUGGCCAAUGGAUGCUCCCAGACCAAUGGCACCAAUGGCACCACCAAUGGCACCAAUGGUGGCACCAAUGGCACCAAUAUGGACCUUACCAAACGGGAAGAGGGGAGACCGGAUGGGGACCCCCCAACGCAGACCCCGUUGGAAGCGAUGCCCUAA